AUGUUCUCCUUUGACGAUAAUUUACCAUUAAAAAUUAUUGCAUGGUUUUUACAAUUUCCUUUUUAUAUUUUUUGGUUUAUUUUAAAAUAUUUUAUAAAUAAAGAUAAAAAUGAGUCAAAUAUUGUUCAAGCACCACAAUAUCCAAAAACUAUUGUUGUAACAGGAGCUUCACAAGGUAUUGGUGAAAGUCUUGUUGAAUAUUAUUAUAAAAAUUGUCCAUCAUGUGAAGUAAUUAUUAUGAUUAGUCGAAGUACGGAAAAACUUGAAAAAGUAAAAAAUCGAUUAAAUUCAAAUAAUCAAAGGAAAUUAAUUAUUUAUCAAUGUGAUGUAACUGAUUCGGAAGAAAUGAAACGUAUUUAUCUUGAUAUACAUCGAACAUAUGGUCAGAUUGAUAUACUUUUUGCUAAUGCUGGUGUUUCAUUUCGACAAUUAUCAUUGACAAAUACAUUUGAUAAAGCAGUUCGAGAUGUAUUCAAUAUUAAUAUCAAUGGAGUUAUUAAUAGUAUUAUGCCAGUCAUUGAAUUAAAAAAUGUUAAACAAAUAGCUAUUGUAUCAUCUCAAGCAGCAUAUGCACCAUUCAUGUCACCUUUUUAUGGUACUACAAAACAAUGUGUUCUUUCAUUAGGUCGUGAUCUUCGACGAAUAUUAGCGAAAGAUAAUAUAGUUGUUAAUGUUAUUUCACCAGGACCUGUUCAUACACCAAUGCUUGAUGGUGUUAUUGCAACAACAACUAAACAUGGUGUUUCAGCAGAAAAAGCUGCUGAAAUCAUUUACGAUGGUCUUCGUCGAAAUCAAGCUGAAAUUGUCUUUCCUGCAGUUACUGGUGUUUUUCAAUAUAUUUUAAGUUUUUUACCAUUAUGUAUUGCUCAACCUAUUGCAAUGUAUCAAUUUCGCUUGAAAUAA